UGAAGGAAAUGUACCAUAAGAAAAAUUUGGAGCUGACCUGAUGGAAGUGGAUGGAAGACAAUAUCUAAUUACUGUUGACUAUUACUCUAAUUUUAUUGAGUAUGAUUAUCUUUCAACAACAACAUCACAAGAUGUGAUUAGAAAAUUAAAAGGACAAUUUGCUCGUUUUGGUGCUCCAAAAAUGUUAAUAACAGAUGGCGGUCCACAAUUUAGUUCAAAUGAGUUUUUGAGAUUCACAAGACGAUGGAACAUCAAUCACAUCAGAUCAGAUCCUGGUUAUCCGAGACGAAUGGGAAGGCGGAAGCUGCUGUAAAGAUAAUGAAGAAUUUAAUACUGAAAACUAAACAUAAUGGUGAUGAUCCAUAUGAAGCUUUACUGGAACUCAGAAAUACACCUCGGCAAUGUACUGGAUUUAGCCCAGCUGAAAUGUGCACCAAAAGAAGUCCUCGGACAUUGAUUCCCAGCACUUCAAAGUGUUUAAGUGAACAUGUUGUAGCUGAGAAGAAAGAGAAUUACAAACGACAAGUAAAAAGACAAUAUGAUAAGCAAGCUCGGGAUUUACCAAAACUCCAUCUAGGGCAAACUAUUUAUUACCAAAACCCAGGUCAAACAGGAUGGUAUCCGGGAACAAUCAGGGAACAACCAUCACCAAGAUCUUAUAAGAUCAAGGGAGAUAAUGGAGGAUUCUACAUACGCAACAGAUAUCAUAUUAGGCCAAGGAAAACGAUUUUGAAAGACACUGAUGUCUAUGAUGGGAAUGUCUUGGAUGAUGAUGAUGAUAAGGGGAGGCCAGAUUUUUCUGGUAACCGUUCUCAACAUGCAGCACAGUCUGGAGUAGUUUCUCAUGUACCAGACAAUAAUUGUGAUAGAAAUAUGCCAGCAAGAACUAGCACUCGAGAAACAAAUAGACCUGUGUGGCAUAGGGAUUAUGAUAUGGACUAAGAAUUUUUAUGACAAUAUUAAUAUGCAUAUUAAUGUGUCACACUCUCAAUUGAACUUUAUUUUUAUUUUAAGUUGUUACAAUAUUUAUAAAAUAAGAUGAGUUAUUAAUGUUUGUUAUUUUAAUUGCUAAUAUUUCUGAUAUGUAUUUUGUUAGCUAUAGAAAGGGAAGGAUGUUGAUGUGUGUUUUAUAUAGGUUGCACCAAUCGGUGUUUGGGAGUAACAUCCCUUGUAACUGUUGUUGUCAACCAAUAUGGCGUUAGAUUAAACAGCUGAUUUCAUUGUCUUAUAAGUUAUAUCCAGAGUCUUGUUAUUAUUCGUUCAUAAUAAUCAACAGUAAUCAUCUUCUUGUUUGAAGUAGCGUCUGUAUUAUAUAAGAUAAGAAGAAGAUAACAACAUCGCACAGCAUUUUACUGCAGUGACAGUAGUGUUCGUAAAAAAAACAUUCUCUUUUUGUGGUGUGGCCCGCUGAAUGGUUGUUACUUUCCACUGUGGCCCACAUGCUGAUAUGAGUUUGAGACCCCUGGUCUAUACAAUUGUAAAUCAAGAAAGGAAAUGUGUAACAUGGUUGGAAGGUGAGACCAGU